GAACCAGUUUUGAAUAAACAAGGACAGAAGCAUGCCAUGUGUUGUUGGGUCAGAGGCGAAGGUUCAUAGUUGAAAUCCGAAAAGAUGGUGGCGCACGCAGAAAUACGCGUGGUUCAUCGUGGUGGUAGCAAAAUAAACUUCAGAGAGCCAGUUAUUACAAAUGAUUCCAGGUUCCUUUUGUGUGCCUCGGGGGAGUCAGUGAAAGUGUACAGUUCCAGCUCAGAGGAAUGCGUCCAUGAUUUGCAGGGACACACAGACCUGGUGUCAGGCAUUGUCCGCAACCCUUCAAACCACCUGCAGGUAUACUCGUGCUCAGUAGAUGGCACUGUCCGAUUGUGGGACUUCACAGAUGGCAUCCUCAUCAAGACCUUCAUUAUUGGGUACCCCAUCUACUCCAUAUACGUCUCUGAAAAUCAUGGAGCCUUCAGCUCGAUCUGA